AUUACCCCCUGAAACUUCACUGGCUUUUGGAUCAACAGUCUUCACGUGGUGACGGAACCAACAUGGCGACUCGGCUUUUCUCCGGGACAAUCCGCUGUCUGCGCAUGCGCAUAGACUGCUCUUCUCUUCCGGUCGUGAGCAGGAACGCUUUCACUGCGACCAAGCCGGAUCCUUCCAAACCGAACAUGCUGAGAGUGGGCAUGGCUUUCGGAACCACAGCUCUCCUGUGGAUGAUGCUGUUCAAAAAACACUGGAGCGAUGUGCAGGAAUACAAAACAAGCAAUGGACUGGAGUAAUGAGCCCUAAUUUAUUUGUUUUCCUGGCCUGUUUUGCCUCAGAUUUGUUGUCCUCUAUUGUCAUGUAUAAUAAAGAUGUAAAUGUGUUCA